GAGAACAAGAAACCUCGAGAAAGCUUCGAGACCUUUUUCAACCCACCACAAUUUCCCCACCAUUCGAGCAAUCGAGCCAUUCGAGCACCACUGCCAUGUCUUCCACGGAGACUCCGGAGGCAGUCAAAAAAAUUGAAAAGCCUGAUGAGUUUAGGGAAAAGAAGAAUUCCAAAAUUGCUACGAGAGAGCCGGGGGCGAAUCCCGAUACCCUUGCGCCUCUGACGGAGGAGGAAGCUGAGCGCAGGAAGAGGAAGAAUAGAGAUAGGCGAAAGCGCAGAAGAGAAAAAAGACAUGCCAUUCGAGAAGGAUCGGCUGAAACUGGGGGCAUUGGGUCAAAGGAAGUUAAAGAGAUUUUGGGGGGAGAUCGGAUAGUCGAGAUCGCCGCUAGUAAACCACCGAAUAAACCACAAACUCCAAAGAAAAAAACAUGCGGGGAGUCAAAAGCUGCCACCCAUAAUGCUGUAGUCCCAGCCGAAGACAAUGGAGGAUCUGGUGUUUCUGGUUGGAGGAUGUCGUCUGCUUUGGGAGGAAGGUUCCUUCCUUUGGACAUGGUGUUUUCGCAAGAUGAGAAGUAAAGUAUUCUCAGCGCCAUCCCCGGAGAUAAAUGCUAAUUGAUUUAUUGUAGGUUCUUUCUGUUGGCGCACAGUUUUUCUCUCAAAAUAUACUCCGCAAAGACCUCACUGCAAGUUCGCGAGUUCAACCUGGACAGCAAACCCUCCGAAGUAAUCACGUCCUUCAAGUUGGACCCGCUAGAUCCAAGCAAAGUAUAUAUAGGUACUUCUGCUUCUGCAAUUUAUCUUGUGGAUUGGACAGCCGGAAAGCUCGUCAAAUCAUGGCAAUUAAGUAACAUCCGUACCAUCCAGUGUCUCGCUAUAUGUAUGGAUGAAAAGACGGAAGAUGACAAGACGCAUGGAAUCCUUUAUGUCGGUGGCUCUAGAUCUGAAAACCCGCCUGUUAUAAUUCAACGGGUUAAGCUGUCACUGUCGGUAGCACCGAUCGAGGAUAGGAUCUACGUAUUCCCAAAAUCUCCUCCGAUAGCAUGUAUGCAAGUUCUUGGUCAGGGAAGCAUUGUUACCGCGAUAGCGGGUAACACCCUGAUUAUAGGAAACAAGAAUACGGAGGAGGAUUCAUCCGAUAAGAAUCCUUGGGGAGUUUUUCGCCACUACCCAAUGUCAUUCCACCUAGCCUGUAUGGAUACCUACCUUCCUAGUGAGCCUGAUAUCAUAGCCCGUAAGGGAGGAAAGUCGAACCGGGAGAGCGGGCGUGAGGCAAACCAAUUGGGAGACGUUGUAGUUGGCGAUAAUCAGGGAGCCUUACAUUUGUUUCAUAACGUGCUGAGAGUGAAGGGGGUAUCAAGAGGAUCACCGGUAAUCAGUACAAUGCAUUGGCAUAGAUCUAGAGUUCAGGCGAUCAAAUGGGCCCUAGAUGGUAACGUCAUACCAUCCAUCUAGCACUAAUUCAACUUACUAACUUCUUGACAGGAAAAUAUAUAAUCUCUGGCGGUUCAGAAACUGUGCUAGUCAUUUGGCAGCUAGGGACAGGCUUCAAACAAUUCCUGCCGCAUUUGGGAGCAACAAUUCAAAACAUCACAAUUUCACCCAAAGGCUCCUCUUAUGGCGUCAGCUUUGCCAACAAUUCCGCCAUGAUUCUUUCGACAACAGAGUUCAAACCCACAUCAAGUGUCACCGGUAUUCAGUCUCGAGUAUUCCGUCUUGAGAAAGACUCUGAAUACCCAAGAUUCACCUGUCUUAUGCAUCCAACAUUGUCGAACCGUCUGCUGCUGGCAUCUCCCUCCUCACAGACCGAUCCCUAUUCCUCCGCAUCAUCUCUUCAAACAUUCGAUAUCUCCUCUAAUAGGCAAAUAUAUAGACAGGCAUUGACUAAGAAUAACGUAACAAGUGUCAACCAGGGCCCUGAUGAGUAUAAAAUUAAAGAGCCAGACCUACCGCACUUGGCUAUCACCAAGGAUGGUACAUGGUUGGCUUCAAUUGACGAAUGGAAGCCUCCAAAGAAAAAAGCAUUCCACUCCAAUGAAGAUAGCCGUUCUUUGCAGGAGGGUGAAAGUGAUCAGAGCGAAGUAUCUUUGAAGUUUUGGAAAUGGAACGAGAGAUCUCUAUCGUGGGAAUUGGCCACCAUCGUCAAAUCUCCCCACCCUUCAUCUAGCACAGGGCCUGAAGAGGUCCUAGAUCUAGUUGCUGCGCCGAAGGCCCACCUAUUUGCGACGCUGGCUGGCGAUGGAAGCAUCCGCCUCUGGAAGCCAAAAGCCCGAGCAAGGGACGGCGCUAGUCUACGAGGGGAGGAUAGUAUAAUAACCGUCUGGUCCUGCCGGAAAGUUAUCAAAUUCUCCAAAGGGAGAAAAGAACAACAAGUCCUAGCGCAAAACCUCCUCGGCGGCAUGGGUCCGCAAAAGGUCUGGUGGGGCAGCGCCACCUUCUCCGAAGACAACUCCGUAGUCGCUGCAGCAGUCCCCAGUUCUCUCGGCGAUGACUCAGCGAUCUACCUUGCGGACCCAUUAUCAGGCGUGAUUGUACACUUUCUCAGCGGCCUGCAAGUGGGUAAGACCGCAGAUAUUGCAAUCCUGGAACGCUACCUCAUCAUACUUGGCACAUCGAAGCUACUCGUGUGGAACAUGGUCAAUGGCACCGUGCAAUGGGAAUUCAACCUCAAGACCUUAUUACCAGUUGACAACCCGGUCACUCGUCUAGCAGUGGACUACAUCAGCCAAACCUUCGCCAUCACAGUCUCCCAGCCCAACGCCCAAUCCCCAAAAAUAUUCCUUUUCGAAGCGUCUCACCCAACGCCAGUUCACGUCCAGCGCUUCGAUUGCGGGUACCAGAUUAUGGCGCUCAUAGCAACAGGCACAGGAAAAGGUUACGUCACACUAGACAACCAAGCCAGGGUCCGCUGCCUAUCCCCCAUCCUCGCCGGACCGGUUCAACGCAUCGCCGAGGACGAAGGGGAGGAGCAAGAAGCAUUAAUAGUUGCAGAAGAAGACGAACCCACAACCGGUAUCCUUUCGGGCGCAUACUUAUCUACCACUACCUAUUCCAUGAGCGUGGAAGACCGCAUGGACCUGGACUACGCCAAGGACGAUGGCGUCGUCGAUCGUGUCGUUUCUCGUGAAGCACUGGAAAAUAUACUGGACUCUACGCCUUCAUACGCAAUCGGCUCGCUUGAGUAUAAAUUCGACCAGGUUCUUCAACUGUUCGCGAAGGAGCCGCUGCUGAGUGGUGGCGAUGGUGAUGAUGGAGAUCGCAACGACCCUGUGAGGGUGGUGGAGGAGAAAGGUGGGCCCGAAAGCGGGAGUGGGAAUGAAGAUGAUACUGGGGAGGAUACGAUGGAGGAGUAGCAGCGGUGGGUUGGUGUUUUUUUUUUCCUUCUCGCUUUCUCUGUAAGAUACUUGGGUUCAAUAUCUUUUUGUAUUUGUUGGUUGGGAGUAUAAACGAUAAUGCAGUCCAAAAGUUUUCCUCUUUCUCGGGAGGAAGGCGGUUUUGUUGAGCGAAGUUUGAGCUAGACUAAAGCGGAUGUAUGGUAUGUGGACCCGGAUUAUUACGCACUUAAUUUAAGCUUGUAUCAUAUCAUUAUUGAUAAACUCCACGUUUCAAACC